GCCGGAAGUUGACUUUUGCGCUCUUCAUCUACUCCGGAGCUGCCACUGUCAUCCUGAUCAUGGCCAGCCAUAAGCUCGUGCGCAUCAACUACAAUCAGCUGCGGUACGAAGCGGACUUUCGCUAUGGGCUUGUCCACAUCCGAAACAACGCAGAGGCAAUCGCCUUCUACUCCGGAGAAGAUCCUGAGAAGAAGGAGACCAAGCGCCGCAUGGGCUGCGUGGUGAAGAAUUACAACUACCUCAUUAAGUGGGAGGUCAUCAUCAGCGUUCUGCGCCGAUCCUACGGCUAUGCAGGCAAUUUCUUCCCAUACUUGAUCAUGGCUCCCGCGUACCUGCGGGGCGAGAUCGA